AUGGUUCUGGAAGCCGAAGACUUGCCCCUGUACAAGGACAUCCCGCCCGUCCCGGGGAUGCCUCAUGGCUGCGCGUGGGGCUUAUUUGACAAAGACGGUGUCAAGGACGAGCUGGGGACACUGAACCUGCUGACGCCGAAGAAGGUUCUCCGUGCCAAAGAAGAGAUCCAGGCGGGAGUGAGCGUCUCGCUGAACUGGCCACUCGAGAAUAUUCGCAAUCCGGGACAUAAUCGAAAUCCCAUCAUCCACAAGUUUCUGGACUUGAAGCCCGCGCUGGUGGGACAUGACGACGAAAUCACAAUCAACACCCAGACCAGCAGCCAGUGGGAUGGGUUGCGACACUGGGCUUUUCAGGAGACUCAGCAAUACUACAACGGACUGACCCACGAGGAAAUCAGUGGACCGAAUCCGAACUCCAGGAACGGAAUUCAAGAAUGGCUCAAACGAGGAGGCGUCACCGGACGAGGGAUCCUAAUUGACUACGUCGCGUGGGCGGAGCACAAAGGGAUCAAAUACAGGGCGGAUAGCAAGCACAAGAUCACUGAGAAGGACCUAGAUGAGAUCGCCAAGUGGCAGGGAAGUGAAUUUCUUCCCGGCGAUAUCCUCUUCGUGCGCACGGGAUGGAUCAAGUGGUACAAUGAAGCCACGGACGAGGAGAGGGUGCAAGGCUGUAAGGUCAACCACAACUAUAUCGGAGUCGAGGGGACAGCAUCGUCCAUCGAGUGGCUGUGGAACCACCACUUUGCUGCCCUCGUCGGGGACAACAUGGCCUUCGAAGCCUGGCCGGCCGAGAUGCCGUACCGUAUCCAUGACACCGCGCUCGGUCUGUGGGGAACACCAUUGGGGGAGCUGUGGGAUUUGGAAGCAUUGGCUGCCGAAUGCAAGAAACAGAAGAGGUGGACGUUCUUUGUGACGAGUGCACCACUGAACAUCGAAGGGGGCGUGGCGAGUCCACCAAAUGCGCUUGCUGUGCUGUGA